UCUAUAUGAUUCGUGGCCGUCCGUGUUAAUUAGCGUCGACGGUCAGAUAUGGACGUCGAUAACUCCCGUUCAGGUUUAGGAGUUCCUAAACCUCCUUAUAUUAUCUGUACAACUAUCUGUACAACUUCCUUAUAUUAUCGGGCUGACGGCAGGCAGGCCUAUUGCUGGUUCAAUCUGGCCAUCUGGGCGGACGAACAAACCUAACGAAACAAGAUGGGAGUAAGGUCGAGGAGGCGAACCAGAGCUGCAUCAACUGAUCCACCGUGCCGCCGCCGCCGCCACCGCCGCCGCCGCACGGAGGACGCGCAUAGUUUUCCUUGGUCGGUGAUGUGGAGGGACUGGGCGGCGCUCCCCCGCGACGUACUGUGGCUCAUCCUGAGCCUUCUCCCGCAGGCCGACAUCCUCCGCGGCGCCGGGCGCGUGUGCGUCUCGUGGUGGCGGCUGGCCGUCGACGAGCCGCUGCUGUGGCGGCACAUCAACCUCGCCGCCGACAAGAACAAGGACAAGCACAAGAACUCGGACACGGACUCAGACUCGGACUCGCACACAGACUCAAACUCAGUCUCAAACUCGGACACAGACUCAGACCCACCGGCAGGGUGGCAGGCGACGGCGUGUGCUGCCGUGCGGCGCAGCGCCGGCCAUUGCGAGUCCUUCCGCGGCCCCGUCGACGACAUUUUCCUGCUCUACUUGGCAGACAGGUAGGCACCCCACGCGUCCAUCGAUCAGUCGAUCCACGAUCUGGUCACACAUGCAUCUCCCUGAUCAACGUCUCUUAAUAACCACAGGGCGCCAUUGUUGCGGAGCCUUCACGUGACGUGCGGGUACGACAUGGGCCGCACCCGCAUGGAAAGCGAGAUCUUCAUCACGAUGGUGGUGAAGAAGCUCCCUCUGCUGGAGCAGCUCGUGCUGUCCGACGGCCUGAUCAAGCCAGCCUCGUUGGCCGCCUUCGCCGACCACUGCCCACGCCUCCGGCUGCUCAACGCCGGCGGCUGUCACACC